AGGGAGGUCAAUUUUUGCAAAACAAAAAAUAYGAAUUACAUAAUUUGUACUAUUAGUUGCAAAUGAGAUUAACUAAGUAUUAAAUUAGUUUAAAUUGCAUAGCAAAAUGUUACUAUAAAGAUAAAAUAUGUAAUAUAAAGCAAUAGUCACUUAAACUAUUAAUGUCUGUACAAAUUUAAUUUGAGUAGAACACUUGCACUAUCUAAUGUACGUAAAAUAAUAUGAAUAAAAUACAUACAUAUGUAUAUUUGAGAUAAAAUGGUAAAAACAUGAAGUAUAUAAACUGAAUUACUGGAACAGUAGCUUUGUAAUGUUAAGAGCUGACUUUUGGAAAAAACAUUGUUAUUGUUUAUAGAAACGGUCUGUUGUGGAGACGAGAAAAUCAGAUCAAAAUGUAUAUGCUUGAAUUUGUAUUUUGCGAACUUUAAUUCAUUUUGCGCUUUUAUUAUUGUUUAUAAUUCGCCACUCGUUACUUAUAAACCAAUAGGAGUGUCAAACUGGUGUCAAAAACAUACAAUUUUUCGAUUUGCUUUGAACGUUACAAAACGCUCCCCCAAAAUCUAUAAAAAAAAAUAUAUAAAAAUUUAUUUAUACGAAAAUUGAAAUCAAAAUUGACUGUAACAUUUAGAAAAAAUAAAAUAACUAAUUUAAUUUCUACGAUAACAACAUGUCAUCGCCGGAGUUACAAGCGAAGAUCGAUCAGUGGCUAAAGUGGGACAAAUGUGAAAAGACGCGCAAUGAAAUUCUCAAACUAGUUCAAAGUAAUAAUUGGAAUCAAUUGAAGCAGGUACUACUACAACGUGUGGAAUUCGGUACAGCGGGUUUGCGCGGUCGUAUGCGUGCCGGUUUUAAUGGCAUGAAUGAGCUAGUCGUGGUGCAGGCCGCACAGGGCCUAUCCACAUAUAUGCGCACUCAGUUCAGUGAGAGCGAAUGUCGAACGCGUGGCAUAGUCUUCGGCUUUGAUGGUCGUCAUAAUAGUAAACGUUUCGCUGAGCUCUCUUCCAAUAUUUUCGUACGUGCCGGCUUCAGAGUUUACCUGUUUAGACAGAUGGUGCUCACACCGAUGAUUCCAUUCAGCAUAAAACAUUUCAAAUGUCUGGCUGGCGUAAUGGUCACCGCUUCGCAUAAUCCGAAAGAUGAUAAUGGCUAUAAAGUGUAUUGGGAGAAUUCAGCACAAAUAGUGCCACCGCACGAUAAACACAUACACAAUAGAAUACUCGAAAACUUAGAACCAUGGGAAGAUUCAUUCGAUACAAAUGGUUUAUAUAUAUGCACGUGCUUAUUGGCUGAUCCAAAGGAUGCUAUAACCGCCUAUGUGCAGCGUGUGCAGGCUGGAGUGCCGCGGGAAUUCAUCGAUAUCAAUAGUCGAAGUGAAUUGCGUUUUGUCUAUACGGCAAUGCAUGGUGUUGGUUAUCCAUUCUUGCAAAAGGUAUUCGAGGCUGUAAGAAUUAAGCCAGUAAUUUAUGUGAAAGAACAAAAUGAUCCAGAUCCGGAGUUUCCAACAGUUGCGUUUCCAAAUCCAGAGGAAGGUAGAGUCGCACUAGAUAUGGCAAUCAAUUUGGCGGACAGAGAGAAUGUAGAAUAUGUAAUUGCAAAUGAUCCAGAUGCUGAUCGUUUCGCUUUGGUUACAAGAAAUCCCAUGACUAGAGAAUGGAAGAUAUAUAAAGGCAAUGAAAUCGGCGCUUUACUGGGGUGGUGGGCCAUGUUCUUGUACAAAGACCAAAAUCCGUCUCCUGAUUUUAAAAACUGCUGGAUGAUUGCAAGCACUGUUAGCUCCAAGAUACUUAAAGCUUAUGCGCAAAAAGAAGGCUUUAAUUUUAUUGAAACAUUAACGGGAUUCAAAUGGAUGGCUAACGAGGCUGAUCGUUUAAUUAAGAGUGGCAAAACUGUGCUCUUCUCGUUUGAAGAAUCCAUCGGUUUCAUGUUCGGCACAACAGUCUAUGAUAAGGAUGGUGUUAAUGCAGCUUGUCAAGUUGUUACAAUGGCCAACUAUUUGCAUGCGGUCAAAGGUAUUUCACUGGAUCAGAAGCUGGAGGAGAUUUACAAAGAGUACGGAUUUCAUUAUAACAAUGCCUCGUAUUUCUUCUGCUAUGAGCCAGUGGUGAUUAACAAGAUUUUCGAAAGAUUACGCAAUUUUUCGGGAUCCCCAAAAACAUACCCCAAUGCGAUACUCAAUGGGAAAUAUAAAAUUCAAUUCAUACGCGAUUUAACAAAUGGCGUCGAUACCGAGCAACCUGACGGAAAUGCAAUUUUACCUGUAAGCGCCAGCACCCAAAUGAUCACUUUCAAAUUCUUUAAUGGACUCGUCAUAACACUUCGCACGAGUGGCACCGAGCCCAAAAUUAAAUAUUACGCCGAGAUGUGCGCCCAACCCGGCCAGUCGGACUUCGAAGCUCUCAUUAAUACCACGAACGAAAUGGUUUCAGCUAUUAUUGAGGAAUUCUUACAGCCAAGUGUGAACAAAUUAACGCCAAAGGCGGAUUAAAACGUUUUUUCCACGAAA